UCAAAAUUGACUAAUUGAAAAAUAUAAAAAAAAAUUGGUGUAUGCGUGCCAGCCUGAAACGAACUCGCACCAGCCAGCCAAAAGCCAACAACCACCACACACAUCCGUUUUCCACACACACACGCACACGCAGCUCCGCACCAUCAACGGGCACGACGACAAACCCCCCUCCUCCUCCUGUCAACAACAACAACAACAACAACAAAGCAACGACGAUCUGAGUGAGAAGCAGACCACAUUCGAUUCUUUGCUGCAUCAAGGCCCCAACGUACGUGUGCCCGUCACCCAAUCAAUCACAUCAAAUCAAUCAAGCUGAUCCGCAGACAAGCCAGGGGUUGCUUCGCGACGUCCAGCACGACCACCACCGUCACCGUCACCACCCACACAAACACAACCAGCCAUGGGAGCAUUCCUUGACAAGCCAGCUGUGGAGAAGGAGAACCACAGCGGCUCGUGCGAUCGCCUCUCCUACGCGUUGGCCGCCAUGCAGGGCUGGCGGACAGAGAUGGAGGUCGGGCUGGAGUUUGUCAAUAUCCUGACAUCCACGCCAACCUUCAAGGAAGGCGACAAGACCCCCGAGCACCUGUCAAAGUCGCUCAGACAAGCCCACUUUGCAAUGGACGAGUACUUGAAGGAGAAGUUCCCAAGCUUGCUCACUGGGGAGGACAGAUCAGGAACAACGGCUGUGUCUGCCUUUGUCACCCCAACACACAUCAUCAUCGCCAACUGCGGCGACUCGCGCGCUGUGCUGUGCUCUGACGGCGGCGUCAAGUUUGGCAGCAACGACCACAAGCCGACCAACGACGAGGAAACAAAGCGCAUCACGGCGGCCGAGGGCCAGGUGGUGCUUGGUCGCGUCAACGGCAACCUCGCCGUCUCCCGCGCCCUCGGCGACUUUGUCUACAAGGACGUCGAUGCGCUGCCCGCAGAGAAGCAGAAGGUCUCCCCAGAGCCAGACAUGACCACCUUCGAGCGAUCCGAGAAGGACGAGUUCCUGGUGCUUGCGUGCGACGGCAUCUGGGACGUCAUGUCCAACGAGGCCGCCUACACAUUCGUCUGCAACCAAUUCAAGGCCGGGUACACCCCAACAGAGACAUGCAACCGCCUUCUCGACUACUGCCUCUCCCUCGGCAGCAAGGACAACAUGAGUGCUGUUGUGGUGAAGUUCGCUGCGGCGCCGGAGAAGGUUGAAGGGUUCAAGGCGCCCGAGGAGAUUCCCGAUCCAAACCAGGGCGCAGACCGCGAGUCGCCAACCCCGCAGGGCCACGUCGUCGGCAUUGAGACCAUCCUCUCCGCAAUCAUGCAAGGGGGCGCGACGGUGUCGUCGUCUCCCGGCGAGGACGGUGAGGGCGAUGGCCCUGUUGUGGAGCAGGUGACAGAUGGCGAUGACAGCACCGAGGACAGCAAGGGCGACAACGACAACAAUGACACCAGCAACGGGGAUAGUGACGAGCAGAGCCGCGCGGACACCAGCGCUAGCGCUGAGCAUAAGGGUGCGUCCGAAGCAACGGAUGGCAGCGACAAGAACGAGAGCUAGACACUUCACCAGGCUUUUUUUUUGCUCGUGUGCCACAUCACCUGCUGUUUGGCUGCUGUUUCAUGCCGUUGGUGCCGUUGUCGUCGUCAUCUUGUGCAAUACGACUGUCACUCUCCUCUUUGUUGGGUGGGGGACACGCACUGCACACUGCGCCACUGCAUUCUUGCCUGUGCCCUUUCCUUUUUGCCUUGGUGCCUUGCGUGUUUUGUCAUUGUCUUCAUUCUGCCUACGCUCUCUGUGAUGCUCGCUCGUUCUUCGCAUGCGUGCGUGUCUCUUGUUCUGUCGCUCCGCAUUGUUGCUUCUUUGCUUGGUCUUCCCUUUUUGCUGCUUAGCUGCUCCUUGCUCGCUUGCUUGUGCCUUGUCAUUCAUACAAUACCGCCAGAGAACCCACGUACGUUGCAUUGCAC